GUUUGGUUUUCAAAAAUAUUGGAUUAUUUACUUUUUUCUGCACCCGAUAUAUUACUUUUUUCCUUGAUUUACGAGUCACGAGUUCGUAAUUUACUCUUUUUGCGAUUUCCUUCUUUGAUUAUAUAUGAAGGGAUCGGAGGAGAAGCGAGAGUUAUUCCCAAGAACUUAAGAUUUCUCUCUUCGGAUAAAAGCUAUCUCUCUACCGUUUCCUCUUCUUGCUGAUAUUAAGCCUCUCUCUCUCUCUCGCUCUGGUUGUGUAUGCGUUUUCGAUUUCACAGACAAGAUGGAAGGCCAAAAGCAGCAUGACCAGAUUUCAAUAGCAGAGGCAAGCUUGGUGCAAUGUGACUCCGAAGUUAGCCAUCAUCACGAUGUGGUGAUUUCAGUAGCAGAGGCAAGCUCGGUGCGGGCAGCCAAGAAGUCAUGUGGAGAAGCUUCUUGUGGGUUCUCGGAUGCCAAGACGACUUCAAGAGACGCUGCAGAACGAGAAGCAUCUAUGAGGAAGCUUUUGGUGGCUGUUGUGCUCUGUGGCAUCUUCAUCAUUGUCGAAGUGGUUGGAGGGAUCAAGGCCAACAGUCUUGCCAUCCUUACUGAUGCCGCUCAUCUUUUGUCCGAUGUUGCAGCCUUUGCCAUAUCCUUGUUCUCUCUUUGGGCUUCAGGUUGGGAGGCAAACCCACGCCAGUCCUAUGGCUUCUUCAGGAUCGAGAUCCUUGGUGCCCUUGUAUCCAUCCAGAUGAUUUGGCUUCUUGCUUGCGUCUUAGUCUACGAAUCAAUUGCUAGACUUCAGAACGGCAGUGGCGAAGUUCAGGGCUCUCUCAUGUUCCUUGUCUCUGCAGUUGGUCUUCUGGUCAACAUAGCUAUGGCUAUUCUGUUGGGACAUGACCACGGCCACGCUGGUCAUAGUCACAGUCACGGUCACGGCCACGACCAUAGCCAUCACCAUGAGCAUCAACACGAUCAUCACCAUGAUGAUCCACAUCUAUCUGAAGCCUUGCUUGAGAAUGGCACUAGAGGUGGUAAGAGUGAGAAGAAGCAGCUUAACCUAAACAUUCAAGGGGCUUAUCUGCAUGUGCUGGGAGAUUUAAUCCAGAGCGUGGGGGUGAUGAUAGGAGGCGCAAUCAUAUGGUACAAACCCGAGUGGAAGAUCAUUGAUCUCAUAUGCACCCUUGUUUUUUCAGUGAUUGUCUUGUGGACGACAAUAGGCAUAUUGAGGAACAUUAUAGAGGUUUUAAUGGAGUCAACGCCACGAGAGAUAGACGCAACCGGUCUGGAGAAGGGAAUGUGCGACAUGGAAGAGGUGGUGGCCGUUCAUGAGCUUCACAUUUGGGCAAUCACCCUUGGCAAAAUUAUUUUGGCAUGUCAUGUGAAGAUCAGGCCAGAGGCCGAUCCAGAUAUGGUUCUUGACAAGGUUAUCGACUACAUCAAGAGGCAAUACAACAUCAGUCACGUCACCAUUCAGAUUGAACGCUAAUGAUGCUUCUUUUUUUCUUGUUGAAUAAGACUCCACGACUGUUUUCUCGUUUUAUAUUCAAAUUGUCGCUUAGAAAAAAACGUUUUCAUA